UUUGUCUUUCUCGAAUUCGGAUACAAACCGAAAAACGAAAUUGAGAGCCAAUUGUAACUAUAUUCAAAUGGAGGACAAGGCGGGUACCGCCGGCGCCGUUGCUGUCGCCGGCAAAACCAUCCAAGAACUCGCAGUGGAAGGCCAAAAGCAUUUAGAAGAGACUAUCGAAUCCGCAUUUCAAAUCCUAUCCUCCAUGAACGACGAGCUCUGUAACCCUAAUCUUUGGUCAACAAAUCCCAAUCCAAAUUCGUCCACAGCCGGCGCCGCAGCUUCUGCAGCUAUUGCUAACGGUAUCGUUAAUAAUGGCAGCACUAGUGCUAUGAGCAACGGGCACCACACAGCAUCUAACGGCGACGUUUCGUCAGAUUCUUCCUCUUCGUCUUCGCAUCAGUUGGAUAUCGGUGUUGGGGUUGGCGCCCUAGAAGACGCUCGCAUGCGGUACAAAUCCUCCGUGGCUUCUCUGCGCUCUGUCCUCACUGCUAUUUCCAACUCCCAGAAGGUAAAAGCUUCUGAAAUGGUUUCAACAAGUGGUUCAGGUUCUCCCACUGAUCAAGCUGAUAUCGAGAAGCUGGAAGAGCAGGCUUCUGCCUUGAGAAAGGCACUGGUCGAAAGAAACAAGUAUCUCAAACUUCUGAUCGAUCAGCAACGAGAUCUAAUAAGUGAUAUAUGUACAUGGCAGAGUCCAUGUUCUGUAUGAGUUGAUAUUGGCACUUCUACAGCAUAACACAACUCAAUGGAAGGGAGGCUUGAGUGAGGCAUUUCCUGGGGGUUCAUCAGAAUAUCUUCCUUCGCUUGAUGAGGCUACCAAUUGUAAAAGCUCAUCAAAUGAAGGGCAAAUGAGGAGCCAAAAUUUUUGAAGGUUGGGGUAUGACUUAACAUCUAAAAGCCUCUAAUAUGCUGGUCUUUAAAUCUUCAGCCAAUCAACCAUGGGUUACUUUAGUUAGAUUGUGAAGCAAAUUAGAAAAGAUUUAGCACUAGGCAGACUGAAUUUGCCUCAUUUUCUCAGCGAACGGAUUUGCUCUACUUUCAGAGAAAAUUUCCCUUUUCCUGGCUCCUUUCGUUGGUCAGUAUUGUAAUAUAAUGGGAAACUUGUUCUUGUUGA